CCCCCCCCCCCCUGCCCCCCCGGAGGGUACGGCCCUGGAAAUGUAUCGUGGUUUGUGUUUCCCUUUCUCUUAUACAAUGGUCUACAGAUGAUCAAUUUGUCCACCCUUUUCGAUGCCGCACCAAGUAAUUGGUUACACUUAGUGCACCGGAAGGCGCUAAACAUACCAGAUAAUUGAUCAAUUCCAUCUGUGCGAAAUACUGCAGCAGCAUGUUACUUGAUAAUCAUAAUAAAUGACAACACCUGCUGCGUAUUCUUGCAGUACUAAUUCAGUUAACCAAUAACAAUGGAACGAGCGGACAAAUUUAUAUGUCACUCCACUGGGGGAUACCUCCAUAAUGAUAAAAGCCGUCGUAUUAGAUGUCAAGUGCAAAAGACGGCAAAUAAAUCUAUUUAGAAAACGAAGGAAAAUACAUUUAGCAAUGUUUUGUAAUGAGAAACCAAAACAGCAUCAGAUAUUAAACCUUGGGAAAUUGUUUUGAAAUUAAGUUUAAAAAAAAAAAAAAAAAAAAAAAAAAAAAAAAAAAAAAAAAAAAACACUCUUGCAAGUAUGAAAAGAAUGGCUAAAAAGUUACGAACCAUUACAAAUGUGCGUAUGAAGUUAUCGUUUUAUAGCAAGCGUUCUCACUUGCAGUUCAGCGACAUUGAGGAAGAGUUUUUGCACGCGGCAGAAUUUGGCGACAUUCCUGGUGUGAAGAGACUGCUAGCCGAAUACCCUGAAUUGAAUAUAGACUGCAUCGACGCCCUGGGGCGCACGGCCUUGAGACUUGCGGUCAAGAAUGAACAUCUCGAGGUUGUGGAGGUUCUCCUGGAGAGAUCUAACCAACACCACAUCUACGAGGCCGUGCUGCAGUCGAUCAGCGCGGGCCACACCCAGAUCGCCGAGUCCAUCCUCAAACACAGACGAUACCUCGACCUGUGGCGGGAGAUGCGCAAGAUGGGAGACACGGACGGCUUCUUCAAGACCGCCCAGGCGGAGUCGCAGUUCUCACCGGACGUGACGCCACUCAUCCUGGCUGCGCAGAAGAACCAGUAUGAGAUCGUGCAGCUCCUGCUGAUGAGAGGGGAGCUGAUCCAGAAGCCGCACAAGUUCAACUGCCUGUGCAUGGAGUGCCGGAACAAAAUGAAGUUCGACGAGCUGAGGAUGGCCAAGUCGAGGCUGAACGCCUACAAGGGUCUGACGAGCGAGGCCUACAUAUCGCUGUCCAGCACGGAUCCCAUACUCACGGCGUUUGAGCUGGCGAAAGAGCUGACGAACUUGUCCCAAGUGGAGAAGCAUUUUAAGCUACAUUACAAGCAGUUGGCGGAGAACCUCACAGAAUACGUCGUGAAGAUCCUCGACAGAAUCCGGACUCAAGAAGAGCUCAACUUCGUGCUCAACAAAACUGGCCGGAGUAACACGGAACAAUACGAAAGCCUGGCGAGGUUCCGAUUGGCUCUCCAGUACAAACAAAAACGUUUCGUCGCUCAUCCUGUCAGUCAGCAGCGUCUGGUCCAUAUAUGGUAUGAUGGGAUGGGCCGGCUGGAGAGGGCGGGCUGGUUCAGGAGACUCGUGACGCUGUUUCUGUUUGUCGUCUUCUACCCUGUCCUCGUCUUACUCUAUAUCGUAGCUCCGGAUUGCAAGUUUGCCAAAAUUCUUCAGUAUCCCUUUGUUAAGUUUAUUAGCCAUUCUCUGUCCUUUGUGAUGUUCCUCGUCAUCAUCAUCAUCUCCGCGGCACAGGCAUCGCAGAAUAUUUCCAACUUACGAACUCUCAAGUCAACAUAUUCGACGGCGUACGCUCGCUUCCGGUCUGUGGAGAACUCGACGUUAUGGUUGGGUAACGACUUUCCACUGCGCCAGGACGGUCCAACAUACACUCACAUAGUGUUGUCGCUGUAUGUGCUGGGUUUUCUCUGUCAGGAGUGCAGUGAGAUCUUCAAGUCGGGGGUGUCCGAGCACGUGAUCGACAUGUACAACCUGGUCGAUUUCCUCCUUUUGUCCAUCUACACUGCGGCCUUCACCCUGUCCUACUUUUGCAUGAUCAAGUUCAACUUUGCCAUAAACUAUCUGCAGCACGAUAACCUAAGCAACAUAGAAAGAACCCGGGAACAUCUGUACUGGCUGAAUGCGGACCGGUGGCAUUGGAAGACCAGUGAUCCUACGAACAUCGCCGAGGGACUGUACGCUAUAGCCAACAUAAUCAGCUUCUCCCGCAUUUCCUACCUCCUUCCUGCAAACGAAGCUCUUGGACCACUCCAGAUAUCUCUCGGAAGAAUGUUGAAGGAUAUUCUGAAGUUCAUGUCUCUCUUCUCCCUGGUAAUCAUGGCGUUUAUGGUGGGACUACACAACCUGUUUUGGUACUACAGCGCUCGACACACCAUUGAGGUAGAUGAACGCAACUUCACUGUCAAGGCAGAGCAGAACUUUGGAGACACACUGGCGACAUUCCGAACUGUGUUCUGGUCGCUGUUUGGACGCGGGGAGCCGACAGUGGUAGAACUGGAUCCAUACCAGAACACCAUCACCAGAGACAUAGGAUACAUCAUAUAUGGGGCGUACAACAUCACCAUGGUUACCGUGCUACUAAACAUGCUUAUUGCCAUGAUGACGAGGUCGUUUACAAAUAUUGCGGAGGAUUCCGACGUGGAAUGGAAGUUCGCUCGAAGUCAGCUAUACAUGGACUAUAUUGUGGAGGGGUCGACACUUCCUGUUCCGUUAAACCUUAUAUAUGCGCCGAAAGCGGCAGUUCGGUCAAUGCUAUGCAACUGUUCUUGUGAAAAAAAGGAAUCGCCCCCUCCAAUACCGAUGGACGAGAAUUUGGACGGUACAAGCAAACGACCUCAGUCGAGACAACGGAAUAAUAAUUUCACGAAUAUGGAGACUGCUGGAGGGCUGUUCAAUCCAGCGUGUGACGCUUCGGCCGUCGAUAUAUACGAGGGAAACGCCAGUGGCGGAGCAGGUCGUCAAACCGGGGUCCAGAUCGAGGAGAACAACCUGACCGAAACACUCACCUACCAGAAAGUGAUGCAAAGAAUCAUACAACGGUACAUUUUUGAUAUACAGCGAGAAGCGGAAGUCACUGAAGACGACUUUGAAGAGAUCAAACAGGAUAUCUCGAGUUUUCGGUAUGAGAUGUUAAACCAAUGGCGUUCUCGAGAAAGCUUACUAUCGGACAUAGCUGCAAAUGUCACGGCAUUAGGAAAGCAAGUGGAAUCAUUAAGAAGUGAACUUUCAGCGAAACCUCAUACGAUAUCCAAAGACAGCAAAGGACAAUGAUCUAUCACAACUAUUUGUGUAAUCAACGUAGGGAAAGCUUUAAUACCAAAAUUGGAGUUGAAGAGCAGUAUAUUGUUUGAAUGGAGGUUGAAUGCAAUUAACGUUGUACAA